AUGUCCAGAGAAGACCCAUUAAAAGCAGAAAAGGACUUCAGCGAAACAUUGAACGAGCAGUUCCCCAUCAUUGAUGGCAUCUCUGACCACAAGACUGCUAUUGACAAGUUGUUAGUGCUCGAGAAGCAAACACGUCAAUCAUCGGAUGUUUCAUCUUCUAAGAGAAUUUUGGAAAAGAUUAUAGCUAUCUUGGUCAAAAACGAUGACUGGGAUUACUUGAAUGAUCUCCUCAUUCUUUUGUCUAAGAAGCACGGUCAAUUGAAAUCAGCCAUCCAGACCUUGAUCAACGCAGUUAUCCAAAACUUGGAUACUUUGAAGGAUGACAACAAGAAGGAAUUGGAAACCAAGAUAAAGAUCAUUGAAACUAUCAGAACUAUAACAGAUAAGAAGAUUUUCGUCGAAGUUGAAAGAGCCAUUGUCUCCAAGAAAUUGAGUGAAAUCUACUUGUACCAACAUAAUGAUUUGGACAAAGCAGUAGAGAUCUUGUGUGACUUACAAGUCGAAACAUACUCAUUGAUGCCUUUCAGUGACAAAAUUGAAUUCAUUUUGGAACAAAUUAGAUUAACCUUGAAGAAGGGCGACUACAACCAGGCCAAGAUUUUGAGUAGAAAGAUUUUGCUCAAAUCUUUGAAGAAUUUCGAUAGAGCUGACGAAUACAAGGCCAUCUACUUGAAGUUCUUAAUUGAGAUUAACAGCUACGAAAACGACUACAUUUCUAUUGUCAAAAACAUGUUGUUGUUGAUUGAGAUUCCCUUGAUAAGUAAACCAGAAACCACUCAAACCAAAUCAGAAGCCUCAUCUGGCUUGUCCUUACAAUCAACACACGAUGACUAUUUGAACUUCUUAACUUCCAUCAUUUACUACAUCAUUUUAUCUCCUCACGAUCCACAUCAAUUUGACUUGAUCAACAAGAUCAAGCAAAAUUCAGUUUUCACAAAGAAUGUUGAUCUGAAGAUUCAUGAUUUGUUGGAAGUGUUCACCACCAAUGAAUUGAUCCAUUGGUCUAACAUUGAAUCAUUAUACAAAGUUGAAUAUUUCAACAAAUCUGCCAUUUUCAAGCUGGAAACCAACUACAAGAACUUGCAAAACAGAAUCAUUGAGCACAACUUAAGAACCAUCAACAAAUAUUACCAAUGCAUCAGAUUAGAGAGAUUGGCGUACUUAUUGCAAUUAAGCACUUCCGAGGCCGAGACCUACGUCAGUGAAUUGGUGAAUAAGGGGAUGAUUUUUGCCAAGAUUAAUAGACCACAAGGAAUUAUCAAGUUCGAGAAGGCACCAAUCAAAGCAAAGGUCAAGUUUGAAAAUGGUGAGGAAAAGAAGGAAAGAACCUCGGAUGUCCACUUGAACGAAUUGUUGAACGAUUGGUGCUACGAUGUGGACAAGUUGUUGGAGGAGGUUGACAGUAUUGGGCACUUGAUCAACAAAGAGGAGAUGAUGUAUGGAAUCAAGCAAGGUGCCAAGGCUUAA